AUGCAGAAAGGGACAUCAUCAGACCACUUUUUCCAGACCGAUGCAGACAACGCGCAAAAGGAAAGGCGGGCGGCCAAGGCUAGUAACAAGAAUGGCGACCCCAUUACCUUGAAGUCAAAACUGCUGGCUGCGGUACCGCACCCGACUUCACCAUCGUCAAUUCUCGUCGCAGAGUCUGCAGGUGCGGUUCGCAGAGUAAAUGUUGAUACGGGAGAUACGAAACAUGUAUUCAGGGGCCCAACAAUACCCGUGACAUGCGUUGCAGUGGGCGGUCCCGGGAACCACACAGUAUUCGCCGGGUCCUGGGAUAAAGAUGUUUGGUCAUGGGAUCUGGCAUCCAAGGCUCCGGGCCGCAAGUACAGCGGUCAUUCGGAUUUCAUCAAGGCCGUGGUAUGCACCAAGAUCGGUGGGAAGGACUGCCUCAUCAGCGGAGGGGCAGACAAGAAGAUCAUGGUCUGGGAUAUCGAGACAGGAUCCCGGCUUCACGUGCUGCAGGACCAGACCAUCUCCAUGAUGGCCGUGCAACACUUCGCCAUCGAUCCUCUACAGUCGGAACCCGACGCCAUCAUUCUGGUCAGCGCCAGUAGCGAUCCUCAUGUCCGUCGGUGGCGUAUCAGACUCGAUGGGUUUGAGCAACUCAAGGAAACGACCCCCAACGAGCCUAGUGUGGUGCAGCACACGAUCCUGGAACACGACACCACAGUGUACAAGGUGGUGUUUGACAGCGAAGGUGAAGAGGUAGAUCUGUGGACAUCGAGUGGCGACGGCUUGGCCAAAUGUCUAUCGCGGGCCAAGGGUUUUGCCGCUGACGAUACCUUCAAGCACGGCGGCCAUGUACGAGCCGUGGCUGUCACUGAUCAGUGGGCAGUAACAGCAGGCCGAGACGAGGAUAUCAAGGUCUGGGACCGUACAUCGGCUAAGCUGUACUGCACCCUAGACGGGCAUUACGAUGAGGUUACCGACCUAGUCGUUCUUGAUGGAGGCAAGCGUGUCGUGUCUGUAUCCAUCGACGGAACUGUACGGACCUGGCCGCUCCACCAGACUGAGUUGGACAAGGUGAACAAGGAGAAGGAAGAUGCAGCUCAGGCGGUGGAGGAGGAGGAAACACCGGCAGAGUCGGCCGAGGGGCUUAUGACAGCAGACGAGGAAGCCGAACUUGCGGCAUUGAUGGAUGAUGAUUAG